AAUUGCUGGAUUUACUUUUGAUUUAUGAUAUGUACUUUCCCUGAGAAUACCCUUAUUUCCUUCAUUUCCUUCAUCUUAACUUUUUCCAUUGUGUUUCAAGUGCCUUUCAUUUGAACUACAACAUGCUUUUAAAUAAACUGCGCUGUGAAGAUGGUAAUCCUGAAAAUAUGUUGCGUAAUUCAUUCUAUCAGUUCCAGGCUGAUCGUGCCAUUCCUGAUCUUGAGGGUUGUUGCUAUUUAUGGAUUCCGAGAAAUAUUUUAUAUUUUUUGAAAGAAAUAAAGGUCCUGGAAGAAGAGAGGGAUUCAAUGAAAAUUGAAGAAGAGGAUAGUUUGAAGAAUCAUUACAAUUUGAUUCAGCAAUAUAAAAGUUUGAAGAAGGAGGUUCGUGAUAUUGUAACGUCACCAAAGUAUUGCAUACCCCAUAUGAAAUAUGGCAGGGUAUCGUGUAUACAAUGCACUGAUGAAGGAAAGUCUCCGUCAUUCUCAAUUGAGGACCCAAUUACUUGGGGAAUAUUACUAGACUUCCAUCGAGUGAAGAGCAAUCAUGAUGAUGAUGCAAGUAUAAGACCAGAAAAUGCAAACUAUGCACUGAAUGUUCUUACAAGAUGUGUUGUGAGCAAAGAUGGAGUUUCAAAGAAAACAAUUAAGAUUCUUUCAUUGAAGGAGCAUGGAGAACCUCUUAUCGUUUCAAUCCCUCUCUCACAGAGUGAGGACGACAACGGCAAGGGCAGCGACGAAGAUGAGCUCCAACAACACAAGCAGCAGGAGCUUGAGCCUUUUGUUCUUGUCGGAGUAGAUGACAAAGAGGGUGAGGAAGAGGAGCUCAAUGAGGGUACCGGUGCCGUUGAUGGUCCAGACGAGGGUGCUGUUUGUUUGUACCCAGGGCAUCCCAUACAGGACCCAGAUCAAGCAGUUGACUAUGAGGAGCUCAAUGAGGGUGCCAGUGCCGUUGAUGGUCCAGACGAAGGUGCUGUUCAGUUGUACCCAGGGCAUCCCAUACAGGACCCAGAUCAAGCAGUUGACUA